AUGCCUCCGUCAAGGUCAUGCAACCGCUUCCUCUCGCUGGCCACCCGGCGGGCAGCCACAACGAAAAUACCAAAUGCUGCCGCCAGCAACCACCACCGACCCAUCACCACGACCUCACAGCCACCACCACAACCACCACACUUCCCCGUCUCCCAACGACCCUUCCGCAUGGUCAUCGGCAUCACCGGCGCGACCGGCACCGUCUUCGCCAUCCGCCUCCUCCAGCUCCUCCAGACCCUACACGUGGAAACCCACCUCGUCAUGUCCCGCUGGGCCAUGGCCACAGGCAAAUACGAGACCCCACUCACCGAGGCCCAGAUCCUCUCCCUCGCGACCAGGGCCUACUCGCCGCGGGACCUCUCCGCCCCGAUCGCCUCGGGCUCCUUUGUCCACGACGGCAUGAUGAUUGUCCCCUGCAGCAUGAAGACCCUGGCCGCCGUCCGCGCGGGCUUGUGCGACGACCUCAUCUCCCGCGCCGCCGACGUCAGCCUUAAGGAGGGCAGGAAGCUGCUGCUCGCGGUCCGUGAGACCCCGCUGAGCGAUAUUCAUCUUGACAACAUGCUCGCCCUGCGUAGGGCCGGGGCCGUCAUCUUCCCGCCCGUCCCCGCGUUCUACACGCAGCCCGAGACGAUUGAGGACAUUGUCGACCAGAGCGUGGGCAGGAUGCUGGACAGCUUUGGGAUCCACACGGCCAGCUUUAAGCGCUGGGAUGGGUUCGACUGGAAGGCCAAGAGGGAAGCGGCGGCGGCGGAGAGGAGUGCAGAGGCUGGUGCAGAGGCUGGUGCAGAGGCUGGUGGGUAG